AAAUUUUGUUUAGUUUGUAAUACACUAUGUUACAUAAUUAAACGCAAACAAUGGCUAACAUAGAAAAUAGCCCUUUCAAUCGGAGUUCGAAAACGUGUCGCAGCCCUCCCAGCACUCCGCAACCCGCAGAACAUGCCGCCGAAGAGACCUUGGAAGCACUCUCGACCAGUGACAUUAAGGGUUGGAUGGUGACAAUAGAAAAGGCUCUCAAUGAUGUGUGCCAGAUUGCUGCAGAGGGUAAGUUGAACUCUGAGCAAAAACUUAAUAUUAACACUCUGGCACGAAGGGUCGGAAAUGGAGUCUCCCAAAUGGCGAUCCACUAUCAGACCUUAAAACAAAGGGCUUGCCAGAUAAAAACAUCUCUGGAAGCCUUAAGAGAAAAGGAGGACCUUGCUGCUUGCCUGAACGACUUUAAAAAGUCAAUUAAGGAGUCAAUCCAAGAAAAUUGCAGUAAACCUGUGGCUCAAAAUAUGUCCUUUGCUGAUAUAUUAAAGACGAACAAAUCAAGUGUCCUGCGACCCUCUAAUUUGAAGUCAAUCGCAAUUUAUCCGAACGAUGCACUAAAAUCCAGUGACGAAACCAAAACGCUCGUGCAAAAGAUUAUUAAUCCAGAGCAAAUGAAAUUGCACGUUAGGGGUAUGAGAAAAACAAGGAACGGAGGUGUAAUAAUUAGCACCGAAUCAAACGAGGACAUUGAAAAACUCCGUCGAUCAAGCCAGCUGACCAGUUCAGGCCUGAAAGUCGAAGAACCUCACAAAAGAAGGCCGCGAAUAAUAGUAGUCGGCGUGCCCGCAGCUCUUCGAGACCAAGAGGUGUUCGAUUCAAUUUACGAGCAGAACCUGGCCGAUAAGAUGCCUAAUAUGUCGCGAGAAUCAUUCCUGUCUUGCAUCAAGUUAAGCCACAAGUCAGGGAAAAAAGACGCGCCCACAUGCAACUUUAUAAUAGAAGUCCCAGCCAAUGUAAGGAAAGCUCUCAUAAAUCAGGAGAGAAUCUAUAUCAACUGGACUUCCUGCCCUGUACGUGACUUCACUCUCGUAACCCGAUGCUUUAAAUGUCAGCAAUAUGGGCAUGCUGCAAAAACUUGUCGCGAAGUUACAUGCACAUGCGGACAUUGUGGAGAACAAGGGCAUGAGACUAAAGACUGCACUAAGAAGGACAAGCCGCCAAAAUGUGCAACAUGCUCCCGGUUCAAAAAGCCAAGCAGUCACAAAACUGGGGACCUUGAAUGCCCGGCAAAGAAGACAGCAGAAACGAGGUACAUUAACUCUAUUGACUAUAAUGAGGGCGCCUAAGAGCGCCACCUUUUAUAUUAUCAGUAGCACUAGUAAUAUUUAGAUAGUUUAAUUUUAUUUUCUAUUGAUUGAUUAAUAUUUUUGUAAUUUAUAUGGCUAAUCAAUUGAUUAAUGAUCUCGAUGACAAUGCAGUAUAUUACUCAAAAGUUUCUGAAACAGAAAAAUGCAGACAUUAUCUCGCCGAUUUCAAAAGUCCUUUAACAAUACUAACUCAAAAUAUUCGCAGCAUAUAUAAAAACAUUGAUAGUCUAAGUAUCUUUCUGCAAAGAUUAAAGUCACAGUGCGCUAUCAUUGUACUAACAGAAUGUUGGCUUUCAAAUAAAAAUGGGAUUAUGCCUAUAUUACCAGGUUACAAUUACAUUAGCUCUACACUAAAUUUUAACCAGAAUGAUGGAAUCGUAAUAUAUACAAAACAAUCUCUCCAUUUUUCGAUCGAAGAGCCAACAAACCUGGAAUUUAAUUGUAUUAUUAUUAAAAUAGGCUCUGAAAUAGCAAUCGUGUCAAUCUAUAGAUCUCCUUCCAUCAGAAAUUUAGAUAAAUUUAAUAAGUCAUUAGAUAAUAUUCUACAAAAUUUGUCAUCCUUUCCAACUGUCAUCAUAAUUGGCGACCUAAAUAUUAAUAUAAAUUCUGAUAACAUUGACGCAGGUACUCAAGACCUCUGCCUUCUCCUUCGGGGAUAAAAGGCAUGAUUUUAUGUUAUGUUAUGUGUCAUAAGUAAUUACAGUGUAGGUAGGUAAGUAAAAAGUAAGUUGCGAGGUGAAAGAUUUCUUAUUAAAUAUUUUAGAAAAAGUGGU